AUGGACCGCGUGCACAGAGGGAGCAUCCCACAGCUGGCGCAGAGCCCCCUGCAGCUUGGCGCAGAACCCACCCGGCAGCUUGCAGCCCCCCGCGGAGCCUGCACUCGCCAGCGCCCGGCGCGGGCCAGCCGAUCUACAGAGCUGCCAGCACUCCCAGCCGCGGAGAGCCAGAGAGACCUGCCCAGCAGCAGCGCGAAACCAACCCGACGCCCGCAACAACAAUUCUCCAUAUAUGACAUAAUUCCUAAUAAUGGACAUGUGAUAGGAAUUGCGGAGUGCACAGGCUAUGAUGCCUUCCCAGCCACAUUUCCAGGGCGUGGCCUGCGGAACUUGGGCAACACUUGUUACAUAAACGCCACCUUUCAGUGCCCCUGCAGCAUCUCCCCGCCCCCCUCGUGGAAUCUGGUGAUGGAAGAACUCUGCCAGAGUCUUUGUGGAGGGUGGUAUACAUUUUGGGGACUGCACGAGGUGGCCACCGCCUUCGCCUACCUGAUGACAGCCAUGUGGCUUGGGGCACACUGUGUCUCACCAGAAAUAUUUCGGUCAGCUCUUGGCAACCUUUACCCAGUUUUUAUGAAAAGGACACAACAAAAGGCUCAGGAAUUCUUGAUUUAUGGCCUCAGUGAGCUUCAGGAAGCCCUAAAAAAGAUAAUCCUUUACCAGCUUAAGAAAGGGAAGAGAACUGGACAAACUCUUUUUGGCCCCUGGAACCACUUUGGUGAUCUGAAUGAUGGCCACUACACUGCUUUCUGAAAGAUGUCACCCAGGCCAUACAGCUUCAAUGACACCUGGGUCAGUGAGAUCCCAGACACAGUUCAAACUGCUACAGCCUACCUGCUAUUCUACAGCUGCCAGCCCGCUCCACACCUACACAAAACUGCAAGAGCUAGGCCAUGUGUCCUGAGCACUGCACAGCAAGCAGCCAGAAACUGA